UGCUGCAGAAGAUUCAUUAGGUCGUCUUCAUUAUGUGGCUCUUGAUUUUCUUAGUCUGGGUGGUUAUAUGGGUCGGUGGUUCUUACUGGUACCUGUUUGGGAAACCAAGCCCUUUCUCCCUGGAGUCAGUGAGACCUCCGGGACCUCGAGAGUUCGAUCAGAAGAAGCGGGACAAAGUCAUCAAGCAAGGUUUCAACCUCGACAAAGUGCCCCAGAACCUGGAUGUCAUCGUCAUUGGGAGUGGUAUCGGCGGGCUGACGGCUGGAGCCACGCUGGCCAAAGCAGGGAAGAGAGUCCUGGUGCUGGAACAACACGACCAGGCUGGAGGCUGCUGUCACACCUACGUAGAGAAAGGCUUUGAGUUUGAUGUCGGGCUUCACUACAUCGGUCAGGUCCAUGAGAACAGUCUGUUGCGUAUCGCCUUUGACCAAAUCUCUGAGGGCCAGCUGGAGUUUCAGGAAUUAAAUCAACACUUUGACACGAUCCAAAUCGGCUUGGGUGAUGAGAAACGAGAAUACACCAUCUUCUCCGGUAAAACCGAGAUGGAAGCCCAUCUGCUGAAGCAAUUCCCUGAUGACACAGAGGCAAUCAAGACGUUCUUCAAAAUCAUGAAGGUUUCAGCUAAGAAGACCCACUACCUGGCAACUCUGAAGCUGAUCCCACAGUGGGUGUCUUUAUUCCUGCUGAAGUCAGGCAUCGGAAACCUCGUCACCCCAGUCUUCCGCCUCUCUGGCACAUGUGCAACAGAUUACGUGAACACCCUGACCAGCAACAAGGAUCUCCAUGUCAUCUUUUCUUAUCUUUUCUAUGGCGUUCCUCCAAAAGACUCCAGUGUUCUCAUCAAUGCCCUCCUGAUUCAUCACUACAAACGAGGUGCCUACUACCCUAAAGGUGGUGCCAGUGAGAUUGCCUUCCACAUCAUCCGCACCAUUCAGAAAUAUGGAGGAAACUGCCUGGUCAGAGCUCCCGUCACCCAGAUCCUGGUUAAUGAGAAGGGAGCGGCUUAUGGUGUGAAAGUGAGGAAAGGUCAGGAGGAAGUGGAGGUUCAUGCACCCGUGGUUGUGUCAAAUUGCGGCAUCUUCAACACCUUGCAGAAACUUCUUCCCCCUGAGAUUAAAGUCAAACCAGAUAUUCAGGAAAGACUGAACAUGAUGAAACACGGCAGAGGGUCGUUCUUGGUCUUCUCUGGCUUUGAUGGAACUCAAGAGGAGCUGGGCCUUGAGUCCACCAACUUCUGGUCGUUCAAAAACAACGACAUGGACAAGUCGAUGGAAGACUUCUUUGCAUUGAGCAAAGAGGAAGCACCAGAUAAUAUUCCCAUGAUGUUCAUAACAAUGCCAUCUGCCAAAGACCCAGAAGCCAAAAUAAGACACCCUGGGAAAUCUUGCAUGACAAUACUGACGAUGGUGAAGUAUGAAUGGUUUGAGGAGUGGAAGGACACCACGGUGCGCAAAAGGGGUGAUGAAUAUUACAACUACAAAAUGAGAUUCGCUAAGAACCUCUUCGACUGGGCCUGUACUUUGUUCCCAAAAAUCAGAGACAAGUUGGUUUUCCAGGAUGUGGCGACCCCGCUGACCAACAUGCACUACCUGGGUUCCCAACGUGGAGCUAUGUACUCUGCUGAGCACAACCUAGAUCGUUUCCAUGCCGAGGCUGUGGCAAGGAACAGGUGCAACACCCCGGUCAAAAACCUCUACAUCUCAGGCCAAGACGUGUUCAGCUGUGGGAUAGCAGGCGCUCUGCACGGUGGACUCCUCUGCGCCUCUGCGGUGUUGGAUCACAUCGUCUACAUUAACUUGCUCCUCCUCAAGAAGAAGCUGAAGAGGAGGAAAGCCAAAGAGAUGGCUCAGCUGGCUAAGAAGAAGCUGCAGUGAAGAGUGCUCUGUACUUCGCCUGCAGGACAAUAGUGAAGCUGCACAGACCUGGUGCAAAAAGGACCCUUGAUUGUUGUGGGAAGUUUAAAGGAACACACCACCACCGAGUCCCAGAUGUAUUCUGUAUACUUAUAUUACAAAGUUGCCACAUACUAGUGCCAAUAGUUACAAGGAACGGAUGUUAAUACAUGAAAAUACAAUAUGCCAAAGAGUUCUUCCAACCAGUACAAAUCACAUUCACCUAUUUGUACAUUGACGGCAUUGGUUGCCACGCAGGCAACUGCUCAUCAGAAGGCUGCUCAUUCAAUCCCACAGAGAUGAUGGGACACUUUUCUAGAACUGGGAAUCCAACAACCAAUCUUCUGAUCAGUGGACGACCUGCUCUGCCACUAAAGUUCAGUUGCUGGUGUUGGGACCCUUUGCUUCUUUUCAGUAUUUCAGUUUUUUCCUGGUUUUGCCUGACUUGAAUAAAGCGUCAUUUUAGGGGAAGUGACAUGUUUACUAUUUAAUUUCAAUACUCUAAGAAGCCUGCAGUGCUUUUCUUAUUGUGACUGUGAACUCAGAGGUACAGAGGAGAAAGAUUUGUCUUCAUUUUAUUGUCUUAUUCACUGAUCUAUGUAAAAUACGAUUGCGAGUUAUAGAUACCAAUAAAUACUUCAUGAUUAGAAUAAUUGCAUUGUAUCACCUCUCAAAGAUUUUGUACAGAUGUAUGUACAGAUUACAGUUUGUUACUGUGAUAGCUUGGUUUGUUUCAGCAUUACACAUUUGCAUUUUUCUGCUG